GGGAGUCUCUCCAGCUUAUAAGUACUGUCAUCAUUUUAAGAAAUCUUCAUAUAUGUUAUCAUCUCUCAACAGUGUUGGACCCUUUGUUUUAUCUUUCAAUUUGAGUGCAUUUUUAAAAAGAUGAGGGGGCAAAUUUUGCUUUUUGCAAUUAUUUGCACUAUUGGCAUUGUUUUCACUCAAGAUGUUAAUCAGGAGCAAGUUAACAAUUUAGCUGCGGAAAAUAGUGACUUAGCUUUAAGUAAAGAAUCCACACAUCUUUCAAGGCCAAAGAGAACACUGUUUCUGAAAAAGAAAAUUUUGGGCGCUGGUGCAAUAGGCUUUGGCCUCGGACUUGGAGUUGGUGCAUUUAAAAGUUAUAAAUACGGUAGCAGAGGCUAUGGUGGAUACGGAGGCUAUGGACAUGGCUAUGGGCACGGUUAUGGAGGAUAUGGCCCCAGCUACACAAAUUACCAUAGACCAUCGUAUCCCUCUUAUUCGAAUAAUUAUUAUUGGAAAAAGCCAAGUUACAAUUAUGGAUAUCCGGGAAAUUCUGGAUGGACUGGUUAUAAUUAUGCUAAUAGCAAUGCUAACAGUUGGAGUACAUCGGGGAAUCUCGGCCCACUUCAAGCCGGGUUUUCCUCAAGUCAAGCUAAUGCCAAUUCAGGGACAUACAAUGGGUACCAAAAUGGAGGGUAUUACUAUUGAAGCUAAAGAUUGGAGUUUAAGAAAAAUACCAAAAAACUGAUGCGAAAGAAUUUGAAUCCUUUUUUUUUGAAUUAAA